AUGGCUGCUCCAUCGGAGUUUCCGGAGACAUCCAUGACUUCCCCCGGAUCGCAAGUCAUAUCGUCCCCUUCCGCCAUGGCGGAGGCGGUCGCCAUCAAUCAGCGAGGUCCUGGUCUCCUGCGACGAUUGUCCCGAGGUGCACGGGGAGCCCAGACCAAACUCUCCAUGAGGCGAACAUCCGUCUCCCGGGCAACCCGGGAUCAAAGCGCGGGACCGGUCAUGCUUCGACGAAGAAGCGAUAGCAAUCGCGACAUGACGGACGGCACGAUGGAUGUCUCGGACCUCGAUUUAGAUAUUCGUGAGGAUGAGGCAAUUGAAGAUCUUGGUGAAACGAUAUCGCAAGAUAGCGUGUCCAAUGCUCUGCAUAUCUAUAAGUCUCCCAGCGUCGGCUCCAUGGCGGAUAGCGGAGAGCUCGGCGGAGACGGACCGACCCGGUCACAUAUCCUUCAACAAGGCAUGUUCCUGACCAAAGUCAACCGAAAAAAGACAAAGAAGAUCAUGUUUCGACUCGACUUUGACGCCGCAAAGAUCUGCUGGGAAUCGUCCAAAGAUCUCUACAUUGACGAUAUCCGCGACAUCCGGAAAGGAGAGGAGGCGCGCCAUGAUCGAGAAGAGCGUCGUGUAUCAGAGGACGAAGCUCGCCGGUGGUUCACGAUUGUGUACUCCGAUCCCGAGAAGCAGAAGGGAAGACAUACGAAGACAUUGCACUUGAUCGCCGAGACGGAACAUGCAUUGUUCCUUUGGACCCAAGCGCUCGAUUUCCUGUCGAGGAGUCGAGUUAAGUUCAUGCAAGGCCUCCAUGCCGAUCCUGAGACCGUUCUGAGGGAUCUGUGGAUGGUCGCGAUGCAGAAAAGAUUUGGCGGCUCCGAGCAUCGAGAAGAGGAUGAACGAGUCGACCUAGCCAGCGUGAAGCAGAUCUGCCGUAACUUGCAUAUCCACUGCUCAGAUCACGCUUUGAAAGAGCACUUCGACCGGAACGAUGUUGAUCGGGCUAAAUCGCUUUCAUUUGCUCAGUUUCAGCGCUUUGUUGGAGACAUGCAGGAACGCAAAGACCUCCGAGGCAUCUUUGGGAGAGCGUUGCGAGCUGGCGAGGUCGAGCUUGACAAGGAAAGCUUUUUCCAAUUCCUGCGCGGUCACCAAGGGGCUCGGAUUGAGUCCGAUGUUGCUCAUUGGACGACUUUGUUCCAUAAAUACGCUCGAAUCGGCAGACCGAAGAAUGGUGGUGCUAGUCCAAGUCAAUCGGGCUCCGCGUAUACGACCAUGAACCAUCACGGCUUUCAGGCAUAUAUGACAUCGACUGAGAACCUGGCAAUCGAUCCACCUAAGCUGCGUGCGGUUCUUGACAGACCCCUCAACGAGUACUUCAUUUCGAGCUCACACAACACCUACCUUUCAGGCCGCCAGGUGGUUGGCGAAUCUAGCACUGAGCCUUAUAUCUCAUCUUUGAACAAAGGGUGCCGUUGCGUCGAGAUCGACUGCUGGGAUGGGGCCGAUGGAGAGCCGAUCGUCACACACGGUCAUUCCUGGACUUCGAGCGUGCCAUUCUUGAAGGUUAUCAACGUGAUCUCCGAGUAUGCUUUCCGAGCGAGCGACUACCCUCUUAUCCUUUCUUUGGAGGUGCACUGCAGCAAUGAACAGCAGGCAAAGAUGGCGAACAUCAUGAAAGAAACGUUCGGCUCUAAGCUUGUACUUGAACCCCUAAGCUCCGGGUCCACUAUGCUCCCAUCCCCAGAGCAACUUCGAAAUAAAAUCUUGAUCAAGGUCAAAGCACCGACGGCCAUGCCUAGAUCUUCGUCCACAUCAGAGAACGCUCCAGUACGCCGAGCGAGAGGAUUGAGUUCGCCCUUCUCCAGACCAAUCCCUAUUCACCCAAUCCCCCAGAAAAGUUACUCCGUGCCACUCUCUAGCCCACCGUCCAUGAGUCCUCCGGAUCGUCUUGGCAAUUUCUGGCAGCAACCCAAGAGCAACAUCAGUUCCGUCACGUCCGUUACCCCUCCAAGCUCGGCCGAAGAAAGCGACCAAACGGAGCAUCUGGCUCGGAAGCAACAAGAGCGGAAGCGAUCGCACACCAGCAAGAUCGUCCCGGUAUUGGGCAAAUUAGGUGUAUAUUUGCAAGGUUUCUCAUUCGAUGAUUUCAAGAGCACGGAAGCAACCAACUUCAAUCACAUCUUCUCCUUUUCUGAAAGGAAGUUUGACCCGAUCACCAGAGACGCCAUGAAGAAGCCUGAGCUUGAGAAGCACAAUAUGCAAUACCUCAUGCGCGUGUAUCCACACAAUUUGCGCGUCAGGUCGGAAAACUUCGACCCUUUGAAAGCCUGGCGUCGUGGAGUUCAGAUGGUUGCAUUGAACUGGCAAACCUACGACUUGGGUAUGCAAAUCAACGAUGCGAUGUUCGCUGGUGGAACCGACUGCACCGGCUUCGUGCUGAAACCAGCCGAUAUGCGUCCUUCGGAGUCUGCAAACCGCCAUCAAUUGAACCAGUAUCCAUACAAGAAGGCCAAGAAACUCGUCAAGUUCACGGUCGAAAUCAUGUCCGCGCAACGACUUCCCUGCCCAAAAGAUAGCUCCAUUGACGCUAACAUCAAUCCUUACGUGGAGAUCGAGAUGCACUGCGCUGAAGACAAAGGCCGCAAUGUCGCAUCGGGAGAAGGGGGCAUGGAUGCGUCCGCACGCAACGGCAUAUCUGGCAUCGGAUCUCCAGUGACGAAACGGACCAAGAUCGUCUCGAAUAACGGAUUCAAUCCUUCGUUCAACGAGAGCGUCACCAUGACCCUGGAAACCAAGUAUCCUAGCCUCGUUUUCAUCCGUUGGACUGUCUUCAACAGCACAAGCGCUGAAAAGGUCACCAACAAGGUUGCAUUGGGCACUUUCACUGCUAAACUAAGCAGUCUGAGGACUGGAUACCGUCAUCUGCCACUGUAUGACAACAAUGGCGAACAAUUCCUGAUGUCAACCCUCUUCUGCCGGAUCUUGAAAGAGGACCACGUGGACGUCGGCGAAGUCUCAUCGCCAACAAUUUGUGCACCUGCAACUUCGACGGUUCCCCUUCACAAGUCUCCCAGUCUCCCUACCAGUCCUCCACCAGAAAAGAAAAGGGAGAUCCUCGGCGACAGCGUUGGAGGCGUGCCGGGCUCUCCUACGCAGCGGUCCACUUUCAGCUGA